GCAGUUUUCAGUUGGCAAUUUUCAGUUGGCAGUUUUCAGUUGGCAGUUUUCAGUUUUCGGCUUCCAUUUGGCCGUUGGCGGCGAAUUUCUCUCACAUCCGUUUUGCCCCCCUGCGAAACUUUUCCUUCCCCAAUCCUGUCGUAAGGCAAAACAAUUUUUAAACAUAUCGUCUGGCGCAAAAAAAGAAAAGGAUAAAAAAAAAAAAUGUAUAGAGAAGGGCAAACAAUGAAUUAACGCAAAAUGGGGAAUACACCAUACGGGCAUUUCAACUCGGCGAAAAAUGUCACUCGUGAAAGCGCAUAAAUGUGAGCAUUCGCGUUGGCACCAUUUUGUAGUGUCUAGCAGCGGCAUUUAAAAAGUGAAAAAAAAGGCAAACGUGGGGGGUGAAUUUAGGCGAAGUGAAGCAAAAGAGAAGUGGAGGAAGGCCGAGCCGAACGCAAAGCGAAGGGGAGGCCAGCGCGAAAUGCCUGCUUGCUUGAGCCGCUCCUCGCCAUGCGUACACUCCUUUGUUCUACCCACGCAAUGAACGUACCAUUCGGGGAAAGGAAAAAUUUAUUCACACGCACAAAAUGAAGGACACCAUGUUGAACAACCCCCUGGAUGUAUACAAAAAGGAGGCAACCAAUGGGGAGGAUGUGAAGGUGGCAAAGAAAGGCCACUCAAAGGAGGAGAGAAAAAAGGACGAAGAGAAGUUCCUCCAUGCCGAUUCGCUAAGUGACAUUUCAAUCUCGACUGUAAGCAACAGCACAGGCAUCGACUCAGAUUUGUAUAUUAAUGUUGUCCGGAAAAUUAAAAAAGAAAAAAGGCAAAGGAGACGAGAAAGGGAAAGGGAGCGGAAGAGGACUCGGAAGAGGAAACGGGGAAGCAGAACGAGGAGCAGAACGGGGAGCGCCGGUAGAAGUGGAAAGGAGGACCAACGGGAGCAACAGCAGGUCCUGGUGGACCAAAAGGACGAGCACCAAACAGGCACUCAGAAGGAACAGAAGGGAAGCCAAAAGGAGGAGCAACAUGUAGGAGAAUGGAAAGAGCGCGAGAGUGGUAGCAAGGAGGAUAUCGAAAAAAGGGACAAACGGGAAGACAGAAGAGAUUCCAAGAGGGAGCGCGAAGGGGAGGGCGAAAGGGACCACAAAAGGGACGGAAGGAGGGACCAAAAAAAGGAUCCCAAAAAGGAGCACAAAAAGGAGCACAAAAGUGAGCACAAAAGUGAGCUCAAAAAGGAACACAAAAAGGACCUCAAAAAGGAGCACAAAAAGGACGACCAAGCAGAGUACAGGAAGAAGAGGAAGAAGAAAGAGUCCACACACGAAAACAGGUCCACUGAAGACAAAAGGACGAAGAGGAAAAGGGUUUCCAAGGAAAGCUACGAUAGCGACAGAAGGCACAGGAAGCAGACGGACGCAGACAGGAAAAAAAAACACAAAAGGUCCAGAUCGAGGACCAAAAGGUGA